CUAUAUAUAACGGCAGUGGGCACCCCACGCGAUAUUAAGAACGUUCACCGCAUCUGCGGUAACAUGGUUUCCAGUUACAAGAGAUCAACAUCUGCCAUCGUCGAGAUGACGCCAUGGCUGAUGGCAAUAUUCUGUCUGGUUACCGCGGGUUGUUCAAACGUCACGGAUCAGCAAACAUCCGAGACACACCACGAUCAACAGGUGGCGAUCCUGAAACAGAUCAGGAAAGUGAAUGAAGACGGCUCUUACACGUACGGCUACGAGGCUGGAGAUGGAUCUUUCAAGGUCGAGAGCCGUGACGUUUUAGGCAACAUCAAGGGUACGUUCGGUUUCGUCGACGCGGAUGGUGAAAUUAAGAGGGUAUCGUACUCUUCCUCUAAUGGAACAGGAUUUAAAGCAACCACGGUGUCGCCAUUACAGGAGCACGUGUCCGUCGUACAAAGCAUUCCACGUCUAAAUCGUACCACCACGACCAAGAAACCGAACAUCGUCUACCCUUCUUCGACAGAAGCAUCCACAAAAUCGUCGGUGGUACAAUCCAUACCGCGAAACAGAAAGACGACGACCACUACCACGAGCACAACUACAACCACCAUGGAACCACCGAAGACGAUAUUCAGUCAUUAUCUGAAAGGAACGGGAAAGAGUAGACCACGUUUCGUUAUAAACGGCCAACAGAGGCCACUGAUAAUCGAAGAAGAAAGCGAAGUAGAGGACGAAGAUUCCCAGAUAAAUCGACCAACCACGGAUGAUAAAACAUCCACGUACAGAAAAAUCAUUUUUGCCAAACGGCCGGUCGAUCAAACUUUGCGUCCCAUCUCCGAGGAUUUCAUGGAGAAAGAGGACGAGACCAAAGUGACGAGUGGGAAUAAUUUAAGGAGACAGCUCCACGAAGACACCACGAAACCUAACCCAAUCGUGGAGGGUAGUAACGACGAUCAUUCGGACGUUUACGGUGGUUCCUUGUCCACGACUCGGCCCCUGUUCACCACGACCACUCCACCAAGGGUUCUGCAACGUGUCUCACCAGCCGGCCGGGUCGAAAAGCCGAAAGUGUACGUGAAUCGGGAGAACCUCGCUCCGCCGAGAUCGUUCGAAAACGUAAAUUCCAGAUCUUUCGAAGCGGAAGCGAAAAUACCUCAGGAGGAGCGUGUCUCGCAGCCUCAACCUGUUUUGAUCCGUGCCCCCCCACGUGUGGCUGCGGAAAAUCGAGAAUAUCUACGCCAAAGCACGGAACCCAUCUUCGUUAGACAACAGCCGGACCAGUUCUUGCGCGAGGUGCCGGGCGGAAGAAUCUUGAUCCCCGCUCAACCGAACAUCGAAGAGGAUCCCGCUUACAGGCCGCUCUCCAUCAAUAGGAUCUUGCUGCGUCCCCUCCCCAGCCAGCAACCGCUUUACUCCACGACAACGGACGCAAAUAUUCACUAUCUAACUGAGAAUCCUCUGCCUGAGCAAGAAGAAGACCCCAGAGUCGCCAUGGCGCCGGGCUACAUGCGUCCAAGGCCUUUCCCGCGACCCGUCAUCUUCCAAGAGCCGAGGGCCAGGCCCGUGUUGAGACCCGUCUCACCACCUGUCACUCCAAUGGACGAAAGGGAGUAUCAAACGACCUCGGAGUAUCCUUACAGGAGCAGCACGCUCACCUUGCCCCCGGAACCACCAAAUCCGAUCAACCCGCCUCUGAGCAGACGUGACUUCCAAUUACUGUUGAGGAGAUUGUUGGUCAGCCAGUACGGCGUCCAGGCUCUCUCCUAUCCGAAAACUUACCUGGAGGACGCCCUGUACGAUCAGCAACCGUAUCCCUCUUAUCAGCCAGGCUAUCAGACAGUUGCGCCACGAUCAGAAAUACCGGGCUACGAUCAACAAGUUCCGCUUCAGUACGGCGAUCGUGUCCCGAUCAGGCGUCCCGUCUACGCCAGGCCCUUGAGCCCUGUUUAUCAGCCACAACAGUACGAGGAUUACAACGACGGAAGGUACUCGAAGAGGGUGUACAGGCAGAAGUUUUACGCGCAAGAGGUCGGUGACGAGGGGGAUGAAAUAUUGCCCGCACCUAUCCGAGAAGCGUUGUUGUUGAGGAUGCUGCAACUGGCGAUUAAUGCUGAACGGCCGCCUCCCGUGCUCACGUCACCGGUUAUGACCACAACGACGCCUGCUUCGAGGUACAGGAAGACUGGACCGGUUAGGAGCGUGCAGAUUAUUACCGACGAGGAGGAGGACGGGAAGGAGACGAUGAAGAAGAAGAUGUGAAUAAUUCCUCGGUGGUUAUGAAAUCAAAGAAUGUUUAAGUUAAUGUCGGAAUUUAGUUCAUUUAUUUUUUAUAACGAAUAGUAUUUCGUUUGUAGAAUACGAGGUUACACGUACGAGUGAUUUCACGAAUUAAAUAGGAAGAUGUAAUUAUAGAAUUACGUAGAAAAGUUAAUGUUUCCUGUAGAAUAUAUAUGGUUUUUAGGAAAUGUCACAGUUUAAAAAUUAUCACAGUUUAAACGAUAAAUUGACAGAUUGGAAACAUUAAAGAAUGCUGUAUAAAGUAAACGUAAAUUUGUAAGCGAAAAAAUUCUUUUACGUUUGUACAAUUUAGACGAAAUGUUUCGAAAUACAUUAUUUAUUUUUCUAUUAUUAAAUUAUAAAGACAAAGAAUUUUAUGAAAAAAAAAUUUCACGAUGCUUGAACCGUUCUCACACUCGACGUCCCAUUUUUUCUUUUUUUUUUUACGUUUCCCUUGAGAUUAUACUUGAUACUCGUUCCAAUCGUUUGACAAAAGAAUUACAAGGUUACUUAUCUUCUUCGACAAUUAAUUUUCUCGUCCAAUAAUAACGUAUGAGUCGUCGACAAUCUUAAUUGCAGUAGCUGGACACAGAGAUGAUCGUUUCCAUAAUGAGAAGAGAAGCCGAGAGAAGAGCGUGAGAAUGAAGGAAAAGCGGCGUCGAUAAGAGGAUCGUGGCGACACAGUUUUCACGGAACAACACGGACCGGUAUCGUCAGCGAAACGAAUCGACUUCUAUGAAAGGGAAAACGUCCCACGUGUAUUCGUCCAUACGAUUUUCCGCGCGGCAACUUUCAACUAUCUCGCAACUAUCUCGACUCGUUCUUGCUUUCGAGUCGAAUCGUCGUUACAUUUAAGUCGACGAAAUGGCGGUGUAUAUGGUCAAUCUAGUACAAUUACGUUGAUCUUGCAUACUGAGUAUUUACUGUAUUUUCACUCUGUGUGUCACGUAGCGUAGAAGUUUCCAAAGAGACGAGCGGAAAGUAUUUUAAUUUAGCUCAAGGUAUAAUUGGAUAUGUUCAAUCAUUGUCAAUGCGAAGUAUAUUGUUCAUUAAAUUUAGAUUUUGAAUAUUUCAGUCUUCUUUUUUUUUAUUAGUUUGAUUCAGUCAUUCUUAUUUUUGUCCAUGAUUCUUGCUGCAUUGCAAUUUUAAAUUUUAAAUUUACCGAUAAUUUAAUAACUCGAUGUGAAUUUACUUCAACUGAAUACUGAACGUAUCCAAAUUAACGUCCUUCGGCCUUCGUUCCAUAUUGUAAAUAUAAUUUUAUACAAAAUAUAAAUGUAAUAUACUUAUAUCGAAAUAAAGAAACGAGAUAGAUGGUAGAUAUAAACUA